GAUUUACCCUACAGGUGUUUGACACUGAUCACAACUGGAAUUUCCCUGCUUCUCAAUUCUCAUAUAAACUCAUAGAAUAGCUGCAUGUUGUGUGCAGAUACAGUAUAUAUAUUGAGAGAGAGAGAGAGAGAGAGAGAGAGAGAGAGAGAGAGAGAGAGAAUGGCCGUUCCAUCUUCCACAAGUAAACAAGUCAGUUUUUGCAAAACCUGCAUGAAUGGCAUCAAUGCUUUAUCUGGUAUUGGAAUACUAUCAGUUCCAUAUGCACUCUCAUCAGGAGGCUGGCUAAGCCUAAUCCUCCUCCUCCUAAUCGCAGCUUCUGCUUGCUUCACCGGCCUCCUUAUCCGUCGCUGCAUGGAUUCGAAUCCCUUGAUCACAACCUACCCUGACAUAGCCGCCACUGCCUUCGGCAAAAAAGGAAGAAUCACAGCUUCAAUUUUCAUUAUCUUAGAAUUGUACCUUGUGGCCACAGGGCUUCUAAUACUAGAAGGUGACAACUUGCACAAGUUGUCCCCGGAUUUCGCACUAAAGCUUGGGAAUCUUACGUUGGAUGGGAGGCAUUCUUUUGUUAUGGUUGCAGGGGCUAUGAUUUUUCCAUCGAUAUGGCUUAGUGAUUUGGGCGUUUUAUCGUAUAUUUCUUUUGGAGGGGUGAUUUCUUCGCUUAUCAUUGUUGUGGCAGUUUUCUGCGUUGGAACAACGAAAGAUGUUGGAUUUCAUGGGAAAGGAAGCCUUGUGAAUUUCAAAGGGUUGCCCACUGCACUUAGUUUGUACACAUUUUGUUAUGGUGCUCAUGCCAUGUUCCCAACCAUUUAUAACUCCAUGAGAAAGAAAAGCCAGUUUCCUAAGGUUUUGCUUCUGAGCUUUAUAACCUGCACCAUCACAUAUGUCGCCAUGGCUAUUUUGGGCUACCUUAUAUAUGGCCAUAAUGUUCAGUCUCAAGUAACACUGAAUUUACCCAAGGAAAAAAUCAGCUCAAAGGUAGCAAUCUACACCAUAUUAGCUGGCCCAAUCGCCAAAUAUGCGCUCACCAUAAUGCCCAUAUCCACUGCCAUAGAAAGUUGCUUACCGACAAAGUACCAAGAAAAUAAGCCUAUCAGUAUCCUAAUCAAGAUUCUUUUACUGAUUAGUACGAUGGUUUGGGCCAUCCUUUUUCCGUCUUUCGAGUCUGUGACUUCUCUGAGCGGGGCGGGUCUUAUAAUACUGGUUUCGUUCUUGCUCCCUUGUGUUUGUUACUUGAAGAUUUUCAGGAUUUACAGGCAUUUUGGGUAUGAGCUAGCUGGUAUUUCGGGGAUAAUAGUGUUGGCAGUGUUGGUGGGAGUGGUGGGGACUUAUUCGUCGAUUGCUCAUACUAUAAAGGAAGCUUAGGGAAGCAUGUUAGUAAUUGACAGAUGAUACCUUUGUUUUUUCUGAUCAGCAGUGUUGAUAUAUGAGAAUAUCAUAUGUCUUCGUUUCAAUGUCCUCUUGACAUAGUUGAUUACCAUUUUUUUGA